CUGCUUUUUCCUUUUGAUAUAUCAUAAGCUUCAUCCUGAUUGGGUUAGGUAAAGACAGAGUCCCGUGAUAUAUGACUAAGCGACAGGUCCCGUGCUUUCGAUGACGUAAGGCUUGUUUUUCACAUGCGAAAAGCUGCAAGUUUGAAGAUAUAAAAAAGACGAAGAGGACGAGACGAAGAAGAAGAAGAAGCAGAUAGAGAUCAAUGGUGACUUGUCAGGGCUAAGACCAGGGGUUCUUCUUCUCUCCCUGUUGUUCUUCCGGGUGGUUUUGUGGUUGUUGCGGUUCACGAUGGCACGCGUCCCGUUCAUUGGGCGUCUUCUAUGGACGGAGUAUGUUGCUCUCUUUAUCUCGUUGGGACUGGUGUUUCUAGAAGGGAUCAUCCAUGUCAUUACCCUCUGCCUGCGUGAGUUUGGACCGAGAUAUUAUUAUACCCACCCCCUAUUUUAGUCUUUAUGGCGAUGAUGGGGCCUUGCUGACUGCAAAGUGCAGCUCAACCCAUUAUAAACCUCUGCUAUCGACAGUCGAAGAGGCUGUUCCAUGUGCUGUCUGCGGCGCAGCCUAGACGUCCCAAGCAAGAGAGCAUAUCUGCGGAGAUUGCAAAGGCCUCGGAGUUUACAGAGCUCUGUGACCUGUUCGGCUACGAGACGGAGGAGCAUGUCGUCCAGACGAAAGACGGCUAUCUGCUGGGCCUCCAUAGGCUGCCAUUGCGAAAGGGCGAGACGCAUGUCUAUGAGAAUAGCAACGAUGUGGACAAUGAGGCGUCCCGGAAGCCGGUUGUGUAUCUGCACCACGGGCUGCUGAUGAGCAGCGAGGUCUGGGUGUGUUUGACGGAAGAGAAGAGAUGCCUGCCCUUCCGGCUGGUGGAGCUGGGAUAUGACGUCUGGCUGGGGAACAACCGGGGCAACAAGUACUCGAAGAAGGCGACGACGAUGUCUCCGUCCUACAGCGCCUUCUGGAAUUUCUCGAUCGACCAGUUUGCGUUCCACGACAUCCCGGAUAGCAUCGACUACAUCCUUUCGGUGACGGGCCAGCCGUCGUUGUCGUAUAUUGGGUUCUCUCAGGGGACGGCGCAGGCGUUUGCAACCCUGUCGAUUCACCCAACGUUGAACCGACGGAUCAACCUGUUCAUCGCCCUGGCACCGGCGAUGUCUCCGGCCGGGCUCAGCAACGGGGUUGUCGAUGCGUUGGUGAAGGCGUCUCCGGACGUGAUGUUUCUUGCCUUUGGACGACGGAGCAUCCUUAGCUCGACGGCCAUGUGGCAGGCGAUCCUGUACCCCCCCAUCUUUGUACGCAUCAUCGACACAGCCUUGCUGUUCCUGUUCAACUGGAGCGGCAAGAACAUCAGCACGGUGCAGAAACUGGCGGCGUAUGUGCACCUGUACUCGUCGACGAGCACCAAGUCGGUUGUGCACUGGUUCCAGAUCAUCCGCAACAAGAGCUUCCAGAUGUACGACGACAACGCCGGGUCGAAGCUGAGCAUCGCAGCCAAAUCACGCUUCUACAAGCCGGCCAAGUUCCCGACGAAGAACAUCAAGACGCCCAUUGUGCUGGUCUACGGCGGGUCAGACAGCCUGGUCGACAUUGAUGUGAUGCUGGAGGAGCUGCCUGCGCACACGAUGGCGACGGAGAUAGCACACUACGAGCAUCUCGACUUUCUGUGGGCUCAAGACGUGGACGAGCUGGUGUUUCCGCAUGUCUUUAAAGCGCUGAGCAGCCAGACACGGACGGCGCCGGCCAAGCUGACCGAGCAGUUUGACGGGCCAGCAGACGACACCUGCUUUGUGGACUAUGCCAGUUAGACCAGUUACUGACUGACUGACUGACUGAGGUACACGGUCCUGUAUAUCAUCGUCGGGUCUAUCGUGAUAUCGACUGCUGGAACAGCGCCACUUUGGACAGCUUCAUUUUCCCACCAACGCACGCAGCUCUGAUCCAGUAAGAUGGCAACACCACACCGGACUGGAGUCGACCUGUCCGAGCUGACUGGUUCGAUGGCUAAAAAGCAGCCGCAGCAGCAGCAGCUCACACUAGCUGGGCAAUCCAUGACCUAUAUCU